AAUCAGAAGUCAGGACUCGCGGGGCUUGGAGGAGGGGCGCGGGCGCUGCGGCCCCUGCUCUACCUCCUAGCGCCAGUGCGCGGCCGAGGCCGCACUACCUGUCUGCGGGAAAGCGGGAUCCACCCCAGGACGUCGGGUCGCUGCCGACAUAAUGUCAAGUGGAAAUGAUCAGCAGUCAGAGGCUCUUAGCAAACCCACUUUCAGUGAGGAACAAGCCUCUGCGUUAGUGGAGUCAGUGUUUGGGUUGAAAGUUUCCAAGGUCCGGCCACUUCCUAGCUAUGAUGACCAAAACUUUCAUGUCUACGUUUCAAAAACCAAAGAUGGCCCAACUGAAUAUGUCCUCAAAAUAAGCAACACCAAGGCUAGCAAAAAUCCAGACCUGAUUGAAGUGCAGAAUCACAUCAUCAUGUUUCUGAAAGCCGCUGGAUUUCCAACAGCCUCUGUGUGUCACACUAAAGGAGACAACACAGCUUCUCUCGUGUCUGUAGAUAGUGGCUCUGAAAUCAAAAGCUACGUGGUGAGGCUGCUAACUUACCUCCCAGGAAGACCCAUCGCUGAGCUUCCCAUCAGCCCCCAGCUAUUGUAUGAAAUUGGAAAACUAGCUGCCAAAUUGGAUAAGACACUGCAGAGAUUCCAUCACCCAAAGUUAAGUAGUCUUCAUCGGGAGAACUUCAUCUGGAAUCUGAAAAAUGUUCCUCUUCUGGAGAAAUACCUGUAUGCCCUGGGCCAGAAUCGAAACCGAGAGAUUGUUGAGCAUGUCAUUCAUCUGUUCAAGGAGGAAGUAAUGACCAAAUUAAGUCAUUUUCGAGAAUGUAUCAAUCAUGGAGAUCUUAAUGACCAUAAUAUUUUAAUAGAGUCCAGCAAGUCAGCCUCUGGAAAUGCUGAAUAUCAAGUGUCUGGGAUUUUAGACUUUGGUGACAUGAGCUAUGGCUACUAUGUGUUUGAAGUGGCAAUUACCAUCAUGUACAUGAUGAUUGAAAGCAAGAGUCCUAUACAAGUAGGAGGCCAUGUCCUUGCAGGGUUUGAAAGCAUCACCCCACUGACAGCUGUAGAGAAGGGUGCUUUGUUUUUACUUGUAUGCAGUCGUUUUUGUCAGUCACUUGUCAUGGCUGCAUACUCUUGCCAGCUAUACCCAGAGAACAAAGACUAUCUCAUGGUUACUGCAAAAACCGGGUGGAAACACUUACAGCAAAUGUUUGACAUGGGUCAGAAAGCUGUAGAAGAAAUCUGGUUUGAAACUGCCAAAUCCUAUGAAUCUGGGAUCUCCAUGUGACUGAGAUCUCCAUGUGACUCAAAGUUCACUUUAACUUGGGUAAUUAAAAUGGGACCCAAUCAAAUUUUAGGAAGGAUUUUCCUGCAUAGUUAAAAAUCAACUGAUGGAAUGGAUCAAUUCUGAAUAUGACAGAGCACAUGAAAUCCCUAAGGUCUUCAAGCAAUCUCAUGACAAUUUUUUAAAAUUCACAAAAGUACCACAAGCAAGCAUAUUUUUCUGUGAGUCUCACUUGCCAUGUCUAUAAAACACAUAUAAGGAUACCAUUUUGAAUCAGAUAAUCUCACAAGAUCUAUUCCAGCCCUGAGAUUAAUGACUUUUUUAAUUUUAAAAAUAAUAUAUACAUAUCGAUAUAUUGACAUAUUUUAAAUAUCUGGACAUAACAUACUGACCUAGAUAACAUACUACCAGUUCUAUGAAACCUCCUCUGAUCUCUCCUUUCUCUAGAAUCCCAGUGCAUUGUGUCUUUUUCAUGGCCCAUCACUUUGUAUAAUGGAUCGUGGUUGUGCAGUCAUCUUGCCUGAGAGCUACUGAGGGCGGAGACCAUGUAAAACUUAUUUUUGUCUCCUCAGCCCUUCUUUUUUUUUUUUUUUUUUUUUUGCGACAGAGUCUCGCUCUGUCGCCCAGGCUGGAGUGCAGUGGCACGAUCUCGGCUCAUUGCAAGCUCCGCUUCUCGAGUUCACGCCAUUCUCCUGCCUCAGCCUCCUGAGUAGCUGGGACUACAGGUGCCCACCACCACACCUGGCUAAUUUUUUUGUAUUUUUAGUAGAGACAGGGUUUCACCAUGUUAGCCAGAAUGGUCUCGAUCUCCUGACCUUGUGAUCCACCCGCCUCGACCUCCCAAAGUGCUGGGAUUACAGGCAUGAGUCACCGUGCCCGGCCUCCUCAUCCCUUCUUAUCACACCUGCUAUUAUAGUGCCUUUCCUACAGAGGUCUUUAAAAAUAUUUGAAAAUAAAUGGGUGCUAGAAGAAGGGAUGGAGAAGGCACACACUAAGAUGCUUUAGCAGAAAGCAUAGACAGCAUUCUUGGAGAAAAAAUUUUAACUUGUCUGAGAGGGUGGUUGAAACUGGAACUCCAGAGAUAGAUGCUGGAAGACCCUGGGAACUGCAAGGAAGCAAAUAAUGACAUCCAGGCAAGGCCACUAACCCCUGAGCUACUUAAAUAUAAUGGUUCCUUUCAGACUGAUACCAGGAACCUCCUUAAGCAUAUAUUUUUUAAUUCUCUAUAAUUUGUUUCUUUUUGGAUGACUAUGAAGUAGAUUGGGUAGACUGAAGCUCACUGUAUACUUGCCUGAAGGUAUCCCACUGUGUUUCCUUCACUGGUUUCUCUUCAUGUCUCCUUUAGUAUGAUUUAGUAAAUGGCUGUUUACUAUUCUUAUGAUUUCAACUAUUCAUUGUCUACAGAUGACUCGAGUCUAGAACCCUGGCCAUUCAAAUACUCAAUAGUUAUCUUUCUAUAUAUAUGAACAGGCAUUGAUCCUAUCUCCAUCUUUCUGUCUACCUACCUAGUCUUCCCAAACUAGAUAUUUCUCUAAAUUGUCUUCUAUGGUUCAUUUUUCACUUCUUUGUCUCUCGAUUUCAUUUCAUUUCAUUUCUUUUUCUUUUCUUUUUUUUUUUUUUUUUGGUGGUGGGGCGGCAGGGACAGGGUUUCACUGCAGCCUCAACCUCCUAGGCUCAGGUGAUCCUCCCACCUCAGCCUCCCUAGUAGCUGGGACUUCAGGCAUGUGCCACCAUGCCUGGCUAAUUCUUUAAAUUUUUUGUAGAGAUUGGGGUAAUACCUAUCUCAUAGAGUUAAUAGAGUUCAUUGUGAAGAUUUCAUAAGAGAACAGUGCCAAGUGCUUGACACAGUGUGUGGCACAUAGUUAGGACUCAGUAACUAUUUACUCAAUAAAUGAACCAUAAUCCAGGUUACCCAAACUCAAAAUAUUGGAGUAAUUUUUUGCUUGCCUCUCUUAUAUUCAGUAGCCCUACUGGUUUUUAGAAUCGUAGAAUUUUAGGAAUCUCUGUCUUUACUGGAUUUUUUGUUUGUUUUGGGGUUUUUUGUUUGUUUGUUUGAGAUUGGGUCUCACUCCGUCACCCACGCUGGAGUGCAGUGGUGUGAUCACAGCUCACUGCAACCUCUACCUCCUGGGCUCAAGCAAUCCUCCCACCUCAGCCUCCUGAGUAGCUGGGACUACAGGCAUGUGCCACCAUGUCCAACUAAUUUAUUUUAUUUUGUAGAGAUAGGGUCUCACUAUGUUGCCCAGGCUGGUCUCAAACCCCUGGACUCAAGCAAUCCUCCUGCCUUGGCCUCCCUAAAUGCUAGGAUUAUAGGUGUGAGCUAUCGUACCCAGCCUGUGUUGUUUUUUAACAAUAUAUAAUAAAAGCCAACAUUUAUUCAGUACUAAAGUAUUUUAUACACAUUAACUCACUUAAUUUUUACAACAAACCCAUGUGCAAGUACUGUUAUAAUUAAUCGUCAUUUUCAGAUAAGAAAAUAGCAGCUGAAAAAGUAAAAAUAAUUUCCUCAAAGACAGCCAGGGCUUAAAUCAGGCCUUUCUGAUGUAGACCAUGCUCUUCACUACCACAGAGUUCCAUGCUACUUUCUCUCCCUCUCCCUCCUCUCCUGUCCCUGCUACACACACACACACACACGCACACUCACUCACACACACUAGGAGGAACAAAUGAGAUCAUUCACAUGAAAGCACUUAUGUUUCUGAAAUUUAAGGGACUGUGGUUUUUAUCUAGGUUGACCACUCAAGCUAAAAACUGGGAACCAGAAUAAAGGACUGAAACUUGGGUUUCACUUCCAGACCAGUGUUGAUCCUCUGAAUUGAUGAAACUGUAUAGAUUUCCCUCUUGAUUGCCCCUGCUAACAUGGAUUUCCUUUCACUCAAUUCCUAAUGCAAAUAUUGCUGACCACUGUUUAGAUGUUUACAUGCUGCAUUACAUUGAUAUUUUACUA